CCCACAAGACCGCACUUUUUCUUCUCUUUCCCUUAUCAUUCCGAGGAAUCCCUAAACAGGCUGUUCAGUUUUCCUUAUUUUUCUCCUGUUGUCGGUCUUCACGCCAGUUACUUCAUAUCCUUCAUCUGGAUUUCUAUUAGCUUUAGCUUCGAGAGUAGAUUGACGAUUAUACCCUCUCUCUCUCUCUCUCUCUCUCUCUCUGCGUGUUCGCAAUUUAAGAUAUACGAAGGAAGAGUAUAAUGAUGAAGAGAGGGAAAGAUGAUGAGAAGUUGGUGGGGCCAAUGUUCCCAAGGCUCCAUGUUAAUGAUACAGAGAAGGGAGGUCCAAGAGCACCACCAAGGAAUAAGAUGGCCCUCUAUGAACAAUUUACUAUUCCCUCUCAAAGGGUCAAUCCAAUUACUUCUUCAACCUCCCAGGGGAUUGAACGUGAGAGAAGUUAUAUUGUACCGGUUCAUUUGCCUUCACAAACACGCUCUCGUCGUGCUGAAAGUUAUAUUUCUCACCAAUCUGAUGGAUCAAACCCGGACACUUCGUUUGCACAAAUUGAACAGAGGGAAAAAGUAGAUGAAGGUGACUUUAGGGUUAGUGUAUAUGUUCACUCGACGAUUGGUCAACCUAAUGAUCAAACACUGGAGAGUUUCAGUGGGAAAAAACUCACUCCUAUGGGCACUAUGAGUCUUGGUUGUUCAGUAGCAGCGCAAAAUGGUGGUGACAACGAUCCCGCACAAUUUGGAUUGCCGCUUACUGAUAUGAGAAAAGAUUUGCGGAGUGAGAGUGAAGGGCUUCUGCAAGUAAGCCGAAGAAGACAGCGACCUGUAAUGUCUGUCAAAAACAUAUCAACUGGCGAAAUUGUUGACAGUUUAGUGAAGCAAGCCAAGGUGAUUCCAAAUCAAGAGGAUCAAGAAUGUCCUGUGUUAAAUAUAAGCAGAUUACAACAUGCUGAUGUAUGCUUACAGCUAGAGGGUAUAGCUGGGUCAAAAUCCAAUGACAUUGAACAUGGUGAUGGUCUCCUUGGCUCUACUAGGGAUUUGGAUAAUGGAAACACCCUUGUACCAAGAGGCUGCUUUCGUUCUAAAGUGAACCAAACCAGUCCACAUGAGGCUACCAAUGACACUGAAUAUCAUGGUACCAGGACUGGUGGCCAAAUACAGAAUGGAAAUCUAGAUGAAAGUGAUGAUGUUUCCAAGAUCUCCAGUGAAGAAAAUUUGUCAAGCCUGAAAGUUUCUCCUGAUGAUGUUGUAGGGAUAAUAGGUCAAAAACAUUUCUGGAAAGCAAGACGGGAAAUUGCCAAUCAGCAGAGACUGUUUGCUGUCCAAGUAUUUGAAUUGCACAGACUGAUAAAGGUCCAACAGCUGAUUGCUGAAUCACCAGAUUUUUUGCUGGAAGAUGAUGCUUUAUUGGGAAAAUUUCCUCUGAAGGGAUCUACUCCUAAAAGUCUCUCAUUGGAAGUUGUUAUUGAACCUCAGCAACAAAAACUCAAGCGGCAAGAUGGUUCUGAAAAGCUAAACCAUAAAAUAGAACGUUCCGCUGAGAAUGCAGUUGGGAAAACAUCUUUUUCAUCCUUGAAAAAUGCUAGCCACCUUUCAGAUUACACCCACUCUCCCAAAAAUCCACACCAGACAAAUUUAGCUCCUGAUAAUAAAACAGGUCCCUGGUGUUUCAAUCAGUCACCUGGACAUCAGUGGUUAGUUCCUGUCAUGUCUCCUUCUGAAGGGCUUGUCUACAAGCCAUAUCCUGUUCCUGGAUUUUCAGGAACAACGUAUCCUCUGGGUGGUACUUUCAUGAAUCAUCAUGCCUAUGGAAUCCCUUCUUCUCAUCAAGUAAUUGUGUCGCCACCUUACAUUCCUCCAAGCAGUCAUGCGUACUUUCCUCCAUACAGCGUGCCGGUAAUGAAUCAAUCAGUAUCAGGACCAGCUGUUGAGAAGGUGAACCAGUUUGCUGCACAAGGUUCUCAUGGUCAAAAUGGUCACUCAUAUGUAGAGGGAGCUAGUUUUAACACUCAUAAUCAAAGCUCAUCAAAUUUGCCAGUUCAGAGAAAUGGAGCUAUAUUACAUGUCAAGAAAUUUAAAGGGUCUAAAAAGGGUGAGUUACAAGGGAGUAGAGCAAGUAGUCCUGGUGAAAUGUCACAAGGAACCAGAGCAGGGAAAAUUGCUGAAGGAAGAGAUGAUCAUUCUCUUUCCCUUAUGACUCCUUUAGUAUCAGAAGGAGUCCUUCAGUCUCUAGAAAACAGACAGCAAUCGCAAGUAAUCAAAGUAGUGCCACAUAACCCGAGAUCUGCAACGGAAUCAGCUGCUAGAAUUUUUCAAUCGAUUCAAGAAGAGAGAAAACAGUAUGAUUUAGUCUAGUUCUGUUUAUGGAGUGGAACCUUUUGAGUUGAGUUGGUAUUCUUGUUGCCUGACAUCAUGUAUCGGGUUAAUUUGUUUUACAUUUCCUUUUGGUGUUGUCCUAAUUACAACAUAUUUUGUAUUAGAUAUUAUCUGUGGAAUGUGAAAAUUAGUCAAAUGUACUA